CGCUGCACAGCGGUCGCCAUUAUUCUUCCUGGCUUGACGGUCGGAAGAAAGACGGUUAAAUACUUUUAAACAUAAUAUUCUGUGGUAAAGUGCAACAUUGACAGCCUAUUUGUGCAGCCGGUUGAUUCACUCAUGAAUUAGGGACCCAUCGUGAGGACAGAAUGGAGAAACGAUCCGGUACUACAGGUGUUGGAGGUGCCCUUCCCCUGGCCUCCCUUCGUUUGAUGGCCUCCCCACUGCAGCUGACAUACUCAUAUAUAUGGCAGGUCAUACGGCAGAGGAACGUGAAGCUGUACGGGAAAGUGGAGGAGUUUGUCACCAUGGUGACGCAGACCGUUCCUGAGCUCCUGAGUUUCAAGCAGACUGCCCAGCUCGUCUUGGGGUUGAGAGCAAGGAUCAUUUUGGAUUUACUUCACAAAGAGGGCCCACCCGAUGCCAGGGCUAUUCAAACGCUCAUAAAUAAGUUGAAGGUGUCUGCAUCUUCAGGGAAGGACUCAGAAGUGGAGAAAUCUCAAACAAACUUCAUGGUGCUGGUCCAGAAUCUGCUUAAAAACCCUGCAGAGAGGAAGCGCUUCUUCCAGGAAGUGUUCCCUGUUCAGUAUGGCACAAAGUUUGACACAGCGCUGCAGGCUCUGACUGCAGGUCUGGUGUGCAAACUGGAGCAACUUCUUCCUGUUCCCAAUCUCUCGCAGCUUGGUACCAUGAUCUCAACGGAGCCCACUGUCCUGGAGGCGUGUGGAGGCUUCAUCCCUGAAUCCAGCGACCUGAAGACUCUCCUCCUCCACCAGCAGGCCAAGGGACUCCUCGGUGUUAAGGCGACCAUCUCGUCCUCGGUGGGCGACUGCGUGCUCUCUUCGCUCGCCUUCCGUUCCAAACCAGCCGAGCCACCAGCACGGCCAGAAUCACCAAAGCAAUUAAAGGUCACCCUCAGUGAAACGAGCCCAGCUUCUCUCAGUGACGCAGAAGACUUGGGAGUGAUGUCAGAUGAGUCCGACAGCCCAGCAGCCCCUGCUACUGGACCGCAGAGAAGAGGGCGAUACACUCAGAAAACAGCUGAUGCCAGUGCUGCCAAAGAAAAGAGCACGACAACAAGACAGACAGCUCAGACAGAGAAUUUGGUGCAGGAGAAGAGUUGCACACAAGAACAGCCUGCCACAACUCAGCAAAACAGAGAUGAAAAUGAAGCACCAGCAGGACCAGAGAAACCAGAUGUACAGCGGGAGGUGCCCCUGAAAUCAAUCCCCUUCAGGGUAGUUCAGAUGGCGAUCAAAAGUCCUUCCACCAUACAGAAUGCAGGCAAUGCUGCCCCAAAAGACGGCCAAAAGCCCCAGACUCAGCGAGUCACAUUACAUCAGUGGGUGUCACAGAUUGCCACUAACUCGCUCUCACUCCCAGUCCUGCCGCCCCUUCCUCCACCCAGGUUGAGCACAGGGGAUGACAUGACGCCAAGCAUCAGAAGAAAAAAGCAAAUUAGGCCUCCAGCUGACAGAUUCAAUUGCGGUGUGUGCGACAAGAGCUUCCCUUACCAGUCCAAGCUAAUGGACCACGAGCGCAUUCAUACCGGAGAGAAGCCGUUCAUUUGCACAGCGUGCAACAAAAGCUUCCGAACGCAGGCCUUCCUCAACAACCACCUGAAGACCCACAGCACCAUGCGCCCUUACGCCUGUGGCCAGUGCGGCAAGUGUUUCACCAAAUUGCAGAGCUUGACGAAGCACAUGCUGGCCCACAGCGGCCAAAAGCCCUUCUACUGCAACAUCUGCAACAAGGGCUUCACCCAGUCCACCUACUUCAAAAGACACAUGGAGUGCCACACGAGCCAGAUGACGUUCCCCUGCAAGCACUGCACGAAAAGCUUCCCAACAGCAUUCAAGCUGUCCAACCACGAGCGCUGGCACACCAGAGAUCGCCCUCACAUGUGCGAGCGUUGCGGGAAGAGAUUCCUCGUCCCCAGCCUGUUGAAGAGACACAUGGGCUACCACAUCGGCGACCGCCAGUAUCUCUGCUCCCAGUGCGGAAAGACCUUUGUCUAUUUGUCUGACCUGAAGAGGCACCAGCAAGACCACGUGCCCAAAGCUAAGAUCCCGUGCCCCAUUUGCCAGAAGAAGUUCUCGAGCAAGUACUGCCUGAGGGUUCACCUGAGGAUCCACACCAGAGAGAGACCCUACCGGUGCUCCAUAUGCGAGAAGAGCUUCACUCAGGUCGGGAAUUUGAAGGUCCACAUCAGGUUACACACCAACGAGCGCCCGUUCAGCUGCGACGUGUGCGGGAAGACGUACAAGCUGGCGUCCCAUCUGAACGUCCACAAAAGGACUCACACGUGCAAGAAGCCCUGGACGUGUGACACCUGCGGGAAGGGAUUCUCCGUCCCUGGCCUCCUGAAGAAGCACGAGCAGCUGCAUACGAGGGACGCUAACCCUGACUUCUCUGGUAAACGGAGACACAGGGGUAAGCACAAGAAGCACUCCCUCAAGAGGAAGUAUGAUGAGGAAGACGAGGGUAGCGAUGAUUAUUAAUCAAAGAAACAUUUUGUAAUCAAUAAGGAUGCUCUGAGUAGAGGUUUCAGGGCUGAUGCUGAUCACUCGUAGCAGUUUAUCACCCACAAUUAAAAUCGGCUUAUUCAGAAAACGACUGCGUAAGAGAUCCUUUGAAAGGUGUAGUUUUUAAAGUUUUCAAGUUUUUUCAAACCUUGUGAUGGGGGUCAAGUCAACCAGUAGUGAAAGCACAUUUUGAAUGAUGUUAUUUUUUUCUGAUCAGCAAAUUUAAAGACUAUCAAUUUGAGUUAGGGUGGGUAUUGGUUGGCUCCAGUUGUCGUAACUAGGUCAUGUGACAAACUGAAGUUCCCCUAAGCUCUUUUGCAAGAGCUGCGAGGGUGGCUUUACAGAAAUUUGAUCAUUUUCUGAUCUCUUUUGGAGCUAAACGCUGGUAAUUAUUUUAGUUACAAAAAACUUAUGGUGGGUUGAAGAAAUGCUAUUUUCCAAAUAUUGUGCUUUUCAAGAGGCUACCUAAAUAUAGCCAACAUUUGAGAGAAGCGCAUCAUGCAAACGAUAGGAUAAAAGUACUUUCUUGUGACUGUAGAUAAUUUUCUAUAAUAAUGUAAUAAAACUUUGUAGUGUGUCCAUCGAACCCUCAAGGUUAAGACUUGGACGUUUUGAGUGUAGCCCCGAAUAUUAAUGUUCAAUGUAAGCCUACUGCCAGAUUGACAAUUCUCUGCUAACCUUUUCCUCUACUUCCUCUACCGAUCGCAUUUACCAUUGCUGUGCUGCUCGCUGCCUCGCUCGCUCAACAACACACACCCAACAACGUUCUUUAAAGGAGCUACGCUGCAGCACCACACUGCAUGAACCGUAUCGGAUGGGCGUGAGAGUGGGUGAAAGGAACGCUUUUAAUGUUCCCAUAAACUAACCUCAACAUCAAUACGUUCAGCUGUUUUUCCCGCUCCAGUCAAGAGAGGUUUGAUAAAAGCAGUUGUGGUGUAUUUUGUUUCUGCUCAGAGCAAAUAUUAGUCACUAACAGCUGCUGAUAUUUUUAACAUCACAAGUGAUAAUCUGGAAAAUAAACAGUUUUUGGAAGGACACAUAAUUUUUCAAUGUUUAAGACAAGUACUUGUAAAUAAGGUGCCAUAAACAAAAGCAUCAGGGCUUGUUUAUAAGAAUAUACAGUAUAUGUACUCUCUGGGGGCUCUGCAGAGGUCUCCCCCACAUGUCCUCAGAUCUUAGAACUGCCCCUGAUAGUGUUACUAGGAAAUAUUUUAUCUUUGUUCCUGUAUAAUUGUGGAAAUUGCAGUGAUUCAAAACUACUUUUACCACGCUCUUUUUUUAUGUAAAAAUGAACAACAACAACAAAAAAACAUUACCCUGCUUUUGUUUUAGAGUAAAAAUAGUCUGAUUUGUAGUAGGAUUUCACUUUUUACCAGCAGUAGACACAGUAUUGUCCUCUAACGGUGUUGAAUUAACACAAGAAAACACUGAGAUAUUUAAUUUAGGGUGGACAUAAUAAACAUGGAAAUGUGUGAUGAGGUUGUGCUUGUCUUUCCAAUUACUUAUCCUACUGUGAGCAGCCGUGUAUAUAAGCCAUUAAGUACUUGUUCUCAAUAUCUCUUGUUUUUGAUUUUUGCAAUAAAAGAAAUACUC